AUGUCCGAACCGACGGGCCUGCCCCAAUUAGCUGAUUUUGGUCUCGUCUAUCCCGGGUUGGAUGAGGGUAGAGGUCAUGUUUCCGCCAUUCAACCCCACCACUUUCGUGCUCCAGAGGUGCUACUUGGGUGCUCCUGGCCCUGCAGUGUUGACAUUUGGAAUCUCGGCUUGCUCAAUCUCUUGGAAGAUGUUAACCUGUUUGAAAAACCAGCUGGCGAAGAUGGAGAAUAUGAUGCCUAUGUCGACUUGUUAGGCGAACCGCCGGAGGAGCUUGUGAUCAGGGAGCGAUAUUUUCGUGCACAUAGACUCAAGGAACCCGUCAAAGACAUGCACGGGAAGGAAUACGUCACUAUCAACGAGUUCUGGGGCGGCCCGUUCUUCGCCGACGAUAAUAAAAUCUUCCGUAGGGAUCUCCUUGGAAGAGGAAAGGCCUUAGCGAAUACAAUCACAGAACUAUCAGGCGAGGAGAAGGAUUUGUUUCUCGAUUUUGCUUCUGAUAUGCUUGGAUAGCUACCCGAGCGUAGGAAGACCGCACAAGAGU